AUGGAGGAAGGCAAAGUAGUGAAGCACAUACUGCUGGCAAAGUUUAAAGAUGGCCUAUCUGAGGAGCAGAUUGAAGAAAUCAUUAAGGGAUAUGCUAGCCUCGUCAAUCUUGUUCCUUCCAUGAAGGCUUUCAGAUGGGGCAAGGACGUGAGCAUUGAGAACAUGCAUCAAGGUUUUACUCAUGUCUUUGAGUCAACCUUUGAAAGUACAGAAGGCAUCGCCGAGUAUGUUACUCAUGCGGACCACGUUAAAUAUGCAAAUAUGUUACUUCCUCAAUUGGAGAAAGUCAUUGUUGUUGACUACAAACCCACUGCAGUCCAACUCUAA